UGACAUUUUCAUUGUGGGGGUGAUGUCAUUGUAGAUACAGCACAGCUUAGUGUGUUUUCUUUUAAUUUCGGGGUGCGGAUGGAAAAAAAAUGAUCUCGUGAGUUUAUUUAGUUAUAGAGUGUGAAAAACGAUGAAAUUCAAAGUGGACACUGCUGAUUUUAUGCGUCGCAUGCGACGUCUUCAUGAUACCAACUAUAACUUAUCAUAUCGCCGGCUAUUUUUCAUCCUUUUGGGCAUAGCUGUUAUACUUCUCUAUCUUGGCCCAACAAUUUUCCGGUGGUUCUUUGGGGCACCUGAAGUACCUAAAGAUCCUCUACUUCACUGCAUGGAUGACCGCUUGACACCUUUCUAUGUACCAUCGAUGGAAUUCAAUGCCAAUAUUCGACAUAAUCCGGCUUUUCCACAUGAAAGAAACAUAAUUCCCUAUGUGGGAAAUGGCUAUUUUGGUCUGGAGAUUCAGGAGGAUGCUCAUCUUAACAUCAAGACGGGUCGUACAUUAACACUACCUGUGUAUUUUCAUCCAAUUGUGUCGGUGUCAUCGAAAAAUGCUGGGAAUCAGGAAGCUACAGCUGUGGAUUAUUUAUCGGGGAUUGUUCAUCGGUUUCAGUGCUUUGAGGAUGGGUAUUUUGUCAAUUACAAAUACUAUGCUCACAGGACGAUGCCAAAUGUUCUUGUGCAGGAGAUCCAGGUGACCAAUACGAAGAAUCAAUUGAUUGAUGUGGAAUUAAUUCCGCCGAGAAUAUCGGAUUGGCCAACGGCCGUUUCUCAGAUUAAGCACCUCCAGCAUGGUUCCAAUAUCAUUGAGUACCAGGUUGUGACGGGUUUGGUGGAAUUGAAUGAUCACCAUGGUAAAGCUGUGACAGUUUCUGUGGUAUCCAGAAAUAUGCCACGAACGUGGACACUGAUAAAACGUGGUGUCACGAAGUUGGAACUCUUGUCCACAAUUGUUUACUCUGAGCCUAUUUCCAUGGAUAUGUACCUAAAGGCACAGGUGAAGGAUAAGACGGAAAAGGCAGCUAUUGAGGCAAUGGAGAAGGCACUCCAGCAAGCAGUUCACGAUGACUCUGAAGCGGGUUACUAUGGAUUUCAGAGGAAGCAUGUUCGUGUGUGGAAUAGCCUAUGGGCUACUGGCUUUGAGAUUAGUACCAGCAAAGCUGAAAAUUCCCUCAAUGGUGAUCGUAUAAAUGCCACAAUGUACGCUGUUCUGUCUCAGGUGAGAUCGUAUGAAUUUGAGGAGAGUGUUAAUCCACAGAGAAAGUCAGAGAUCUUCAAUCUCCUGGCCACAGAGGCUGAAGGAUGCUUUGAUAGUCACCACACCCUCCAAGCUGAGACACUUUGGAGCGAAAUGUCGACUCUGGAGGAACUAAAUAGUGUCGCGGGUUCUUGGAUGUUGACACUGGAAAAGCAGGGAUGUCAUAAUUUGAUCAGAGCUGGCGCUAGUGGCUUAAUCCAAGCCAUGGUGCUGAGUUUCGGUGGUUUCCGCUUCAGUAAUCAACAUCUGGAGAUGAAUAUCCAUCCAAAGUAUCUACAUCGGGAGUACAAUUUCCGGCGAUUGAACUAUGGCAACAUGACCCAUGUAAAUGUGUCGGUUUCCGUGAAGGAUGACAACAAGGCUGUUCUCUAUGUGGCUCUGGAUCGCUCAGAUAGGAAUUACUAUGCCUGCGAUGCUGGCUGCCUCGAUGACCCAGUUCCACUGAGUCAGACCCGAAGGCGCUUCCCCGUGAAGCUCACUGAGCCUCUUACGGCAAUUCUCUACAUUACAGCCGAUCGUCAGCACAUUGAGGAACUCCAUCAUGCCAUUCAUGUGAAAGAAGUGGUUGAGGCUCCUGCCCAUGAGCAUCAUGUGAUUGCUCUGCACAAACACGGUCACCAUUUGGCUGGUCUGCCCAAAAUCUUUUGGAUUAGUGUGUGUGCUCUUAUUGUCGUCUUCCACAUCUUUCUGUGCAAGUUAAUCGUGAAGGAGUACUGUGAGCCUCCGGAUAAAAUGCGCUAUCGCUACAGAAAGCCCUGAGGAGACAUUCGAGUGAUAAAAAAAAAAUGAGAGAGGACACAAUAGUGUGCACCUCACUUUCUUUCCGUCAAGACUUUUUUUUAUUAGAGAUUUCUGUCCUACACGCCUCUUGUUUUAUUUGAAUGAGCAAGAAACCACAGCGCGAUCGUUAUGCUGCAAUAAAUAAUGUAUUAAAAAUAAAA